UCAUACAAUCUCGUCUUCUUCAUCAUCAUCUUCUUCACUUCUUCUUCUUCUCCAAGAAAUGGGUUUCCUAAAGCCAGCCAUGGCGAUUCUUUUCCUAACCAUGGUCGUAGUUUCAUCAGCCAUGGACAUGUCAAUCAUAUCCUACGACGAGACCCACGGAGUCUCCUCCACCGGUGGCCGUAGCGACGCUGAGGUUAGGAGUAUCUACGAGGCGUGGUUGGUGGAACACGGGAAGGUUGAGAACAAGAACACACUUCUUGGUGAGAAAGAUCGGUUCGAGAUCUUUAAAGACAACCUUCGUUUCAUCGAUGAUCACAACGCGAAGAAUCUUGGUUAUAAAUUGGGUUUGACUCGUUUUGCGGAUCUUACUAACGAUGAGUAUAGAUCCAUGUAUCUUGGAGCUAAGACACACAAGAAAAGUGAGAGAAGGUCUAGCCUAAGGUACAAGGCUAGUGUCGGUGAUGAGUUGCCUGAGUCCAUUGACUGGAGGAAGAAAGGAGCCGUGGCUGAGAUCAAAGAUCAAGGAAGCUGCGGGAGUUGUUGGGCGUUCUCAGCCAUUGGAGCAGUGGAAGGGAUAAACCAGAUUGUUACUGGGAACUUGACAACUUUGUCCGAACAAGAACUGGUCGAUUGUGACAUUUCAUACAACGAAGGUUGUAACGGAGGUCUUAUGGACUAUGCUUUUGAGUUCAUCAUCAAGAAUGGUGGAAUUGAUACAGACAAAGAUUAUCCUUACAAGGGUGUUGAUGGACGUUGUGACCAGAUCAGGAAAAACGCUAAAGUUGUCACAAUCGAUUCAUAUGAGGAUGUUCCAGUUUACAGUGAGGAAUCGUUGAAGAAAGCAGUUGCUAACCAGCCUAUAAGCGUUGCCAUUGAGGCUGGUGGUCGCGCAUUCCAGCUCUAUGUUUCGGGUAUAUUUGAUGGAACUUGUGGAACACAAGUAGACCAUGGUGUUGUGGCAGUCGGAUAUGGAACUGAGAACGGCAAAGACUACUGGAUUGUGAGAAACUCAUGGGGUAAAAGCUGGGGAGAGAGUGGAUACUUAAAGAUGGAGCGUAACAUCGCCUCUUCGGCAGGUAAAUGUGGUAUCGCAAUUGAACCUUCAUACCCGGUCAAGAAUGGCGAAAACCCGCCAAACCCGGGACCUUCACCUCCAUCCCCUAUCAAGCCUCCAACUCAAUGUGACAGUUACUACACUUGUCCUGAGAGCAACACUUGCUGUUGUCUCUUUGAGUAUGGAAAGUAUUGCUUUGCUUGGGGAUGUUGCCCACUAGAAGCAGCCACUUGUUGUGAUGACAACUAUAGUUGCUGCCCUCAUGAGUACCCGGUUUGUGACCUUGAUCAAGGAACCUGUUUAAUGAGCAAGAACAGUCCAUUUAGUGUUAAGGCCUUAAAGCGUAAACCCGCAACGCCAUUCUGGUCACAGGGCAGAAAGAACAUUGCUUAAAGAGAAGAUCAAGGCAAUGUAACAUUUGCUUCUUCAGAGAGGAUGACUCUUGACUCACACAUGAGAGAAGAGAUGUCUCUGAAGGGAUUUAUCAGAUGCUUUUUAAUGUUGUUGUUUAUGCCAUAACUAGAUUUAAGAAAAAAAAAUGCAGCUGUUGGGUUUGGUGUAUAUAAAAAAAAGUACCCUAAGUUUCAUAGUUGGGUUUCAUUGAUACAGUAAAUUUAUUGUUAAUUCAAAAAAGUUUAAUAUUCAUGGCUAUGUUAUGGAAGAAACCCUUUGCUUAGUUCUAUGAAAUAAAGUUCCACAUUUCUUUAUCAA